GGCCAUGGUUCUCAAGCGCCGCCGGAGCGAGCGUGCCCACGCCGAUCGCCCCUACAGAUGCGACAGCUCGAAGCGCAUCUCCCGCAACAAAUCGGCGGCGCUGGAGGCCAUCAACGGGUUCUACGCGGCGGCGCUGGACAGGCUGCCGCUGGACGAGAUGCCGGCGCUGGCCCCGCGCCUCCUCAGGGCCGGUCUCUGCGUCGGCUUCGCCGACCCCGUCUCCAACAUCAUCGUCAACACCGUCUCCUCCUACGGCCGCCGCAAGCCCGCGGCCGCGGCGACGUCCACGCCCGACGACGGCGAGAAGGAGAAGAAGAAGGCGAGGAGGGGGCGACGGAAGGCGCUCUCCCGGGCGGUCUCCGGCACCGGGAAGGCCAAGCGCUGGCCGCCUCCCCGCCGCCUCCUCCGCGGCAUGCCCAUCGCCGAGCGGUCGCUCAGGGCGCUCGUCGCGUUCCUCACCUGCUACUUCCCCCGCCUCCCCGCCUGCGAGGCGCUCGAGUAUCUCUGCCUGGCCAGUGCGGCUCGUGGAGGAGGACCGCAACUCCAGCGGCAGCUUCAGCCUCGCGUCCCGGACCACCAAGACGGCCCUCAAGUGCGCCGCCUUGGCUGCCUGCCACCCCAUGCCCAGGGCCCUCGUCAACAGGUCCUACUCGCUCGCCUCUCGGAUGGAGCAAUUGUCCCAGCUCCUGGCGACCGAAGGCGGCUGCCUCUCCUGCAACGCCAUCGAGAGCAUCCACACAUUGCUGAUCAAGCCCCGGCGGAAGCUUGGAGCCCUCGCCGGAGUAACACCACCGCAGUUUCAUCUGGAGCUGAACAGGCCGCCGCCGUUCGUUCCUACAAAAUCUCUGCGAAGCACCCUGCUCCAGAAGAUCUACGGAUUCUACCUCAAGGGACUCGCGUUGCUGCCGACGGACGGCCUGCGUACGCACCACCACCGGUGCCUCCUCAAGGCUGGCCACUGCUACGGGCCAUCGACGGACCCCGUCUCCAACAUUGUGCUCAACACGCUCUGGUACAACGCGACCUUCCCGCCGGCAGGAGGGCUCUCUCCGGCCACCAUGAUCUGCUCACGCAGCCUUGUUCUCGUCGCAUACCGCUCCCUUCGUGGCCUCGUUGCUUACAUCCGCGCUUACUUUGGCAUGAUGUCUGAACACCAGGCCAUGCAUUGUCUGCUCUUCACCGAGGUCAAUCUUUGGGGAGCAAUGAAAUUGGCAAGGCAACAAGGACACACUGAGGGAACUAUGUUGAGGCAGUACAGCGCCUACAAGGCUGCGGCCACCGCAGCACAGCACCCAGAUCCUGAUGCCGUUGUGGAAUUUUUCAUGUCAACCUUUCCCAUGAUGCCUCUACCCAAGGAGGAGAACGAGGCAUUGGAUGUGGAACGCAUCCAGCAGUUGCUGUCUGAGUACUGUUCAACUCCCAGUGAUUCAGCUCACAGUGCAUUCUGAGAGAUUUCCACGAAGAGGAACGUUUUGUCUGUACGAAGGUCGGUGCCAUGCUGAAGAGAUACACACAGCGAACUGGGGGACCUGAAUAUGAGCUUCAUGUUAUCUGUGGCUUGAACUCAAACGUAGGCAAAGCUUUUGUUUGGGGCCUCCAUUAUGGCCCCUUGCUUUCUUGGCGCCCAAAGAAAACUCAGCAUUCUCACAUCAACUUUUUGGCAAGGCCGAGAGAUUUGCAUUCUUCUGACACGGUUCCUAUACUGUUCUUUGCUGAGUGCUCCAAUGAUGAAGAUGCCGUCGAUGAACCGUCAUGUUGGCCGGUCACGGGACAUCCUGGCCGUUGUUAUUACUGUGAGAAAGAAGGUGCAAAGAUUGUACAUCCUGAUCUAGAGAAGUAUAUUGGGCGUGACCCGACUUUGAGCGCAUGGCUUGCGGUGACAGCAGUAGCACGACGACUGAAGAUUCUAUCAGUGAUGGCAAGUUUAUAAUUGAUUCUUCUGUAGAAGUAUGUGAGGAGGAUUGCAUCUAUUUCGAUGCCGAUAGGGACGCCAAGUGCGCAGAGUUCUUGAAUUCCCGUGGUAGGACUAUGCAGGGUCCCAGACUCGUUUAGCAUAACUUUCA